UCGCGCAUGAAUUUCGAACGGACAAUGCCCUUGACGGCAAAGUUUGUCCGUCGUGAGGGCUGGUACUCCCUGUCCGGCUACAACAAGAUGGCGGACAAUACCUUCCCGAAUGUCUACACGGUGCUGUCCGGUCUGGCGUUGUUGGACGAGCACGCAUUUCGUUGGCCAAAGUAUCGAUAUGCUAAAAUGAUUUGGAGAGAUUACAUUCGCGCUGGCUAUGCCACAGCCGUAACCGAGGAUGUUCUCAGCAUUCCAUUAUUUAGCCGUAUAUAUAAAUGGACGUUGGCGCCCUACAAUAUACGCUCAUUGCUCCAACGCAUCGCAAAGACACUGAAAACCUACGUGAGAUUCGGCUACGAUUACUGCAUUGGACGCCGGCUGGCCUUCUCGAAUGUGUACGACUUUUGUGCCCAGUUCAUCACACGCCAUAUGCUCGAGCUGGAUCAGCCCAUGUUCGGCUUCUUCUGGAGCUGCACAUUCACCCAUGACGAUUACAAUGUGGCCACCAGUCUGGAUCGUAUAUUCGUGGACUACUUGCGUUUAUUUGAGCAGCUGAAGCUGUUCGACAUAAUGCAACAUAAGUCGCAUUGU